CCCCAACCAAGGACCAGGAUUCUCCUCUGGGAUUUUUUCUGCCCAUCCUGUGGCAUUUGAAGGGGGGAGCUGCCGAAUGAAGCCGGGAGCUGCUGGUGGGUGAGAGACCCCCCAGGCUCCGCAUGGAUGGGAAUGGGCAGAGCUGCCCACAGUAGGAGCCCGGGGCAGCUGGAAAACUCCGGCCUCUUCCUCCGAGCUCUGCUGCUCCUCUUCCUCUGCAGGCAUGUCUCUCCCCAGUGCAAGAUCCUCCGUUGCAACUCGGACUACGUGGCGGCCACGCUGCACCUGCGCGGGCCCGAGCGCGGCGCCGCGUUCUGCACCGCGCUGCGCUCCUACUCCCUGUGCACCCGCCGCACGGCCCGCACCUGCCGCGGCGACCUGGCCUUCCACUCGGCCGUGCACGGCAUCGAGGACCUCAUGAUCCAGAACAACUGCUCCAAGGAAGGGCCCACGGCCCCGCCGCGGCCCCGGCCCCCGGCGCCCAACGCGCGCGGCUUCGAGCCGCUCGAGAUCUGCGACUACGAGCGCAGUUUCCUCCACAAGCACGGCCGCCCCCCCGGGUUCCAGCACUGCGCCGCCUUUGGGGACCCCCACAUCCGAACCUUCCACGAUGACUUCCACACGUGCCGGGUGGAGGGCUCCUGGCCGCUCUUGGAUAACGAUUACCUGUUCGUGCAAGCCACCAGCUCGCCGGUGGCCAAGGGGUCCAACGCAACAGUCACCAGCAAGCUGACCAUCAUAUUCAAAAACAUGAAGGAAUGCAUCGACCAGAAGGUCUACCAGGCCGAGCUGGACAACGUCCCUGCGGCCUUCCAGGACGGCUCCAUCAACGGUGGCGCGCGGCCGGGCGGGAGCAGCUUGGCCAUCCGGGAGCGCAGCCCCGGCCGGCACGUGGAGAUCCGCGCCGACUACAUCGGCACCACCAUCGCCGUGCGCCAGGCCGGCCGCCAGCUCUCCUUCUCCAUCCGCGCUGCCGAGGAGGUGGCCCGGGCCUUCACGGAGGAGCAGGACCUGCAGCUCUGCGUGGCCGGUUGCCCCCGCAGCCAGCGCAUGUCCCGCAGCCCCCGCGGCCGCGGCCGCGUCCCCGCCGAGACGGCGCGGGCGCUCUGCCGGGAGAUGCUGCCCGUGGAGGAUGUCUACUUCCAGUCGUGUGUCUUCGACGUGGUCACCUCGGGGGACGCCAACUUCACCAUGGCAGCGCACGGGGCGCUGGAGGAUGCCCGGCUCUUCCUGCCCGAUGCUGAGAAGCUCCACAUCUUCCAAGCUGGAGGGGCCCGCCCGCUCAACUCUCCAUCGUUUCUCCUCCUCCUCUUCCUCCUCCCCUGUGGACUUUGGGCUGUUUGGUUGCACUUUUAACCCCUGCCUGCUCCACAGGGAACCCCUGAGAGCUGCUGGCUCUAAGCUGCAGCCAGGAGAGAUUCCUCACCUUGAAGGAGGUGUCUCAGAGACCCGAGGAGGGAAGAGAUGAACCCUUGGUUUGCACACACUGGUCUCACACGGAUGGUGCAGCUGCUGCCACCUCCUCUCCUGAAGAUCCAGAUUUUUCUGUUCCAUUCUGAGAUGUUCUUUUCCCCAUAGGAUGUGCCAUUGCAGUGCAUCAAAGAAAAAUAAACCCCCUGGGUUAGAAAGCCCCUCUGUCCCUCAGAGCCUUUCCAUAACUCACUUCCCACCUUUCCCCCCGUGUUAAUCGAGCAGAAUUCCACUCAGGAACCCUGCAGAUCCAGAAACACCGGACUCAAAGCCCAAAGCCCAGUUUUCAGCAGUUAAAAAAGUGGCUUUUUAAUGGAUUUGGGACCCUUUCACCCAGCUGCUCCCAAAGCAAAGCAAGGCCACAAAUCAGUUUGGGGAGUGUUGUGACCAAGAGGGAGAUUUUUGAGUAGAAAUCAUCUGGUUUUGUCCAUGUGCUCCUUUUCCAGGAUAAAUAACAAGUGGAUCUCCA